AUGGCCCCCCGCAAGAGGAGCCGCCAUGGCCUGGGCUUCCUGUGCUGCUUUGGGGGCAAUGACCUCCCUGAGAUCAACAUCCGGGACAACCACCCUCUGCAGUUCCUCGAGUUUUCCGGCCCCAUUCCAAAUCCUGAGGAGCUCAAUGUUCGCUUCGCAGAGCUCGUGGAUGAAUUGGACCUCACAGACAAGAACCGGGAGGCCGUGUUUGCGCUGCCGCCUGAGAAGAAAUGGCAGAUCUACUGCAGCAAGAAGAAGGAGCAGGAGGACCCCAACAAGCUGGCCACCAGCUGGCCGGACUAUUACAUUGACCGAAUCAACUCCAUGGCUGCGAUGCAGAGUCUCUACGCCUUUGAUGAGGAGGAGAUGGAGAUGAGGAAUCAAGUGGUGGAAGAUCUGAAGACAGCUCUCCGCACACAGCCCAUGAGGUUUGUGACUCGCUUCAUCGAGUUGGAGGGCUUGACCUGUCUGCUGAAUUUCCUCCGGAGCAUGGACCACGCCACGUGUGAGAGCCGCAUCCACACCUCGCUCAUCGGCUGCAUCAAAGCACUGAUGAACAAUUCCCAGGGGCGGGCGCAUGUGCUGGCCCAGCCUGAGGCCAUCAGCACCAUCGCGCAGAGUCUGCGCACAGAGAACAGCAAGACCAAAGUGGCCGUGCUGGAGAUCCUGGGCGCUGUGUGCCUUGUGCCUGGUGGCCACAAGAAGGUGCUCCAAGCCAUGCUGCACUACCAGGUGUAUGCAGCUGAGCGAACACGCUUCCAGACGCUACUGAACGAGCUGGACCGCAGCUUGGGCCGCUACCGGGAUGAAGUGAAUCUGAAGACAGCCAUCAUGUCUUUCAUCAAUGCCGUCCUCAAUGCUGGAGCUGGAGAGGAUAACCUGGAAUUCCGCCUCCAUCUACGGUAUGAGUUCCUGAUGCUGGGGAUACAGCCUGUGAUCGACAAGCUCCGGCAACACGAGAAUGCCAUCCUGGACAAGCACUUAGACUUUUUUGAGAUGGUCCGGAAUGAGGAUGACCUUGAACUAGCCAGGAGGUUUGACAUGGUCCACAUCGACACGAAGAGUGCUUCCCAGAUGUUCGACCUGAUUCACAAGAAACUGAAGCAUACCGAGGCCUACCCCUGCCUGCUCUCUGUCCUGCACCACUGCCUGCAGAUGCCGUACAAGCGGAAUGGCGGCUACUUCCAGCAGUGGCAGCUCCUGGACCGUAUCCUGCAACAGAUCGUCCUUCAGGAUGAGCGAGGCGUGGAUCCUGACCUGGCUCCCCUGGAGAACUUCAAUGUCAAGAACAUCGUUAAUAUGCUCAUCAAUGAGAAUGAAGUCAAACAGUGGCGAGACCAGGCAGAGAAGUUCCGGAAAGAACACAUGGAGUUGGUGAGCCGGCUGGAGAGGAAGGAGCGCGAAUGUGAGACCAAGACGCUGGAGAAGGAGGAGAUGAUGCGAACACUGAACAAGAUGAAGGACAAGCUGGCCCGGGAGUCCCAGGAGCUGCGCCAGGCCCGGGGACAAGUGGCAGAAUUGGUGGCCCAGCUCAGUGACCUCUCGACAGGCCCUGUGUCUGCUCCCCCUCCCCCGGGGGGCCCACUCAUCCUGUCUUCUUCCUCCAUGACAACCGAUGACCGGCCUCCACCUCCACCUCCUCUCCCCUUCGUCUGCUGUCCUCCUCCACCCCCGCCACCCCUCCCACCUGGAGGGGCUCCCACGCCCCCAGGUGCCCCACCUUGCUUUGGCAUGGCCCUGCCUGUCCCUCAGGACCCCUUCCCCAGCAGUUACAUACCGCUCAGGAAAAAGCGUGUGCCCCAGCCUUCCCACCCGCUGAAGUCUUUCAACUGGGUCAAGCUGAAUGAGGAGCGGGUCCCCGGCACCGUGUGGAAUGACAUCGAUGACAUGCAAGUGUUUCGUGUCUUGGAUCUGGAGGAUUUUGAAAAAAUGUUCUCAGCCUAUCAGAGGCACCAGUCCUGUCUUAGGGAAGGAAAACUGUUGGAGAGGGGAACAAUCAGUGGGGAAAACACUCAAGACUUCCCCUUGGCUUGUUGGUUGCAGAAAGAGUUGGGCUCCACCGAAGACAUCUACCUGGCCUCCCGCAAGGUCAAGGAGCUGUCGGUUAUCGAUGGCCGGAGGGCACAGAACUGCAUCAUCCUCCUCUCCAAGUUGAAGCUUUCCAAUGAGGAGAUCCGGCAGGCUAUCUUGAAGAUGGACGAGCAGGAGGACCUGGCCAAGGACAUGCUGGAGCAGCUCCUCAAGUUCAUCCCGGAGAAGAGUGAUGUUGACCUGCUGGAGGAGCACAAGCACGAGAUUGAGCGGAUGGCCCGCGCCGACCGCUUCCUCUAUGAAAUGAGCAGGAUUGACCACUACCAGCAGCGUCUUCAGGCUCUCUUCUUCAAGAAGAAGUUCCAGGAGCGACUGGCUGAGGCCAAGCCCAAAGUGGAAGCCAUCCUGCUGGCUUCCCGGGAGCUGACCCACAGCAAGCGUCUAAAGCAGAUGUUAGAAGUUGUCCUGGCCAUCGGCAACUUCAUGAACAAAGGGCAGCGUGGGGGUGCCUAUGGCUUCCGGGUGGCCAGCCUCAACAAGAUUGCUGACACCAAGUCCAGUGUCGACAGGAAUAUCUCUCUGCUGCAUUACCUGAUCAUGAUCCUGGAGAAGCACUUCCCAGACAUCCUGAACAUGCCUUCCGAGCUGCAGCAUCUUUCGGAAGCCGCCAAAGUCAACUUGGCAGAGUUGGAGAAGGAGGUGGGCAACCUGAAGAGGGGCCUGCGAGCAGUGGAGGUGGAGCUGGACUACCAGAAGCGCCAGGUGCGAGAGCCCAGCGACAGGUUUGUCCCCAUCAUGAGCGACUUCAUCACAGUGUCCAGCUUCAGCUUCUCCGAGCUAGAGGAGCAGCUAAAUGAGGCCCGGGACAAGUUCGCCCAGGCCCUCAUGCACUUUGGAGAACAGGAGAGCAAGAUGCAGCCAGAUGAAUUCUUUGGCAUCUUCGACACCUUCCUGCAGGCCUUCUCAGAGGCCCGGCAGGACCUGGAGACCAUGAGGAGGAAGAAGGAGGAAGAGGAACGCCGGGCACGCAUGGAAGCCAUGUUGAAGGAGCAGAGAGAGCGGGAGCGGUGGCAACGGCAGCGGAAGGUGCUGGCAGGCAGUGCGCUGGAGGAGGGUGGCGAGUUUGACGACCUGGUGUCAGCCCUGCGCUCCGGGGAAGUCUUCGACAAGGACUUGUGCAAGCUCAAGCGCAGCCGCAAGCGGUCGAGUGGCCAGGCCCUGGAGGUGACCCGUGAGCGGGCUAUAAAUAGGCUAAAGCAUUGA